CCCCCUGUGGCAGGAACAGUGAGAAAGUGACCCACUGCUGUUGGCUUGCCUGUUCUUUCCACCCCUUAUCUUUUUCUUCCCUUCUACUUCUUUGUUACCCCCAGAGGCCACAGAUAGAGAUUGGAGAUGAACAAGAAGACUGAUAUAGAUAAGCAGGUUGGGGCACAUUGGUAAUAUCCCAAGGAUGGAGGAUAACCAAAUUAUCAAGGCCAUCAGUGAGAAUGCCGAUCAUCAACCUGAAGACCAGCCACCACCUCCCAUAAAUAGUCCUGAAAUGCUUCCUUCUCAGAAUGGAUUAGAGAAACAAAGUGAAAAAUCACCUCCCAGGCCUCUGUCCCCUGAGAAUGCAGCUCAUUCCCAGCCUGAAAUAAAGCUCUGUGAUAUAUCUGAAGAGCUGAGCCGACAGCUGGAGGACAUUAUUAAAACCUACGGGUCAGCUGCCAGUCUGGUGGAGGACAGAAGCCCUAAAGUAACAGACAAACCUGAGAAGGGAGAAUCAUUUAAUAAUGAAGAUGGUGAAUAUGAAGAUGCCCAUGAGGAGGCUGAGAGAGAACACAUCGCUUCUGGGGAUGCCUCUGGAUCAAAGGAGUCCAGCACUAUUCAUAAAGAACAAAAACUGGAAAAGAAAAUCCUGAGGGGACUAGGGAAAGAAGCUACCCUGCUGAUGCAACAUUUGAACAAGCUGAAUACUCCUGAAGAGAAGCUGGACAUUUUAUUUAAGAAGUAUGCAGAGCUGUUGGAGGAACACCGUACUGAGCAGAAAAAGUUAAAAUGUCUGCAGAAAAGGCAGGCACAGUUGAUAAAAGAGAAGGACCAGUUGCAGAGCGAACAUAGCCGAGCCAUCCUUGCCCGAAGCAAAUUGGAAAGUCUCUGCAGGGAGCUACAAAGACACAACAAAACCCUGAAGGAGGAGACCCUCCAGCGGGCAAGAGAAGAAGAGGAAAAAAGGAAGGAGAUCACGAUUCAUUUCCAGGGCACACUGAAUGAUAUCCAAGCCCAGAUUGAGCAACAAAGUGAGAGGAACAUGAAGUUGUGCCAGGAAAACACUGACCUGGCAGAAAAAUUGAAAAGCAUCAUCGAUCAGUAUGAAAUCAGAGAGGAGCACCUUGAUAAGAUAUUCAAGCACAGGGAACUUCAGCAAAAACUGGUGGAUGCCAAGCUGGAACAAUCACAAGAGGUGAUGAAAGAAGCAGAGGAGCGGCAUCAGCGAGAGAAGGAAUAUCUACUCAACCAAGCUGCAGAGUGGAAACUUCAGGCAAAAAUGUUGAAGGAACAAGAGACAGUUCUUCAGGCCCAGCUUACUCUUUAUUCUGAGAGAUUUGAGGAAUUUCAGAAAACUCUGACAAAAAGCAAUGAAGUGUUUGCCAGUUUUAAGCAAGAGAUGGAUAAGAUGACAAAGAAAAUGAAAAAGCUGGAAAAGGACACCGCUACCUGGAAAGCAAGAUUUGAGAACUGCAAUAAAGCUUUAUUGGAUAUGAUUGAAGAGAAAGCCAUGAGGGCCAAGGAAUACGAAUGCUUCGUAGUAAAAAUUCAGAGGUUAGAGAAUCUCUGCAGAGCUCUGCAGGAUGAAAGGAAUAUAUUGUACAAAAAAAUAAAAGAUGCACAGUUCCCUGAAGAAAAAAAGGAGGAAGAGGAGGAGGAAGAAGAAGGGGAAGGGGAAGGAGAAGGAGAAGGAGAAGGAGAAGGAGAAAAAAUACAGAGUGGAACAGAACCCAGCUUCAAAAAGGAGGCUGCCGCAAGCUGCUGUGCAACAGACACAGUGGCUGCUGAGCUAUCUGCCACUAAUGGGAAUAUCCUGAAAGAUCUGGCUGCAGCCUUCAUGGUGACCCAUCAUGGGGAAAUACCCAUAGUAACCUCUGACAAAGAUAUAGCUGAAGAACCACAAGAUCUGCAAACAUGCAGUCCAGUUUGUCCCUCAGAGCCCAUUCUCCCUUCUCAUGUGGCUCAAGAUACUGGGAAUUGUUCCAUACAGCCAGAAACAUCCAUGCCUAAAGCAAAGGAACACGAAGUGGACACAACAGAACAACAAGCUCAAGAUCAUACAGUGUUAAAGUUACUAGAUGCUGACAUGGAAGGAGUUGAUUAGUGAAGGAUGUAGUCAAGUAAGGGCAUGUUUCUUUCAAUAUGGCAUUAUCUUGUUCUUUCUUUUUAAAGCAAUUAUGUGGCUUGAACAAUCUUCACAGAUUUGCUCUGCAGGCUCAUGAAGUCCAUCUUGCCUCUGUGUAUUGUCUCAUAACAUUUAAGAUAGAAUUUCAGUGUAUAUUUUUGUUCCUCAUCUCAUCAAAUCCAAACAUUUUCCUUCUGUGUAAGAAAGAGGCAAGGCCUCCACAAUGACCUCAAAAGCACAUUCAAAAAAUUAAUAUUCCUACUUUAAGAGCGAUUUUAAUUCAGUCUGCACUCGAAAGCACAAGCUGCUCGUACAUGUUUAACAGCAAAAAAUCAUUUUAAAUACAGGACAAAAUACUGUGGGAGAAGAGGGACCCCUAUGUCUUUGUGGCAACAGAAGCUGAAAAGCCAUGACAGAACAGUUUAAGUCUAAUAAAAGUAGGGGCAAGGGAAAUAAGGCACAGUGUGACAAAAACAGGCAGUCGAAAUUGCUCUGUAUGUGCAUAAAGAAUAAUUCUGCUAGGGUUAUCAUUUUUGUCUCUGAUCUUUCAGACUUGCUCACCUGACUUCAAUCAGUAACAUGUAUAUCUCUGAGGCACUGAUCCUUUUGAAUUCCACCCAACACCAAUCCAGUACCCUUUUUCUUACAAAGAAGAAUCUAUGUUUAACCUAAGUUAAUAAAGUGUGUUAGUCCCAAAGAGUGAGAUACCAAAACAAACAAAAUAAGUAAAGAUGAUGGCUGGAAUCCUAUAUGUUCUUUAUGUAUUUGGCUUAUCACAUAGCACUCAGAGGAACGGGAACAGAAGGGAACAGAAGAGGGGGGAAAUGUGUGUUACUGCACGGGAGAACACUGCCGAUGCCGCUGGGAGUCCCCAAAUGGUUCCCCAAUCAUUCCAUGGCAGGUGAUUUUGAAGGACAAUUUUGAACCGUUCUUCAAAAUCGGCUGCUGUGGAACAGCUGGGGAAUGGUUUGGAGACUCCUGGUGGCAUCGGUGGCAUUCUCCCGUGCAGUAGCACACGUUUCCUCCCCUUCCUUUCCAUUCCCUUCCAUUCCAUUCUGUUCCCGUUCCUCCGAGUGCCGUGCGAUAACCUUAUAUAUGUAAGCCGCGUAAUUAACAGUGAAUUUCACCUCCACCGUCUUCCCAAAUUUCCACUAACUGGGAAGCAGCUGCCAUGGUUGAUGGAGGUCUGUAUUCCAGGCACUCAGGUUGUCACUAGCUGCCAUUUUCACCCGCUCUCAUGAGAUCCCCAUUGUGACAGGCAAGAUACUUGUCAAAAUUUCCUCUCAUGCCAGGGAUUGCUCGCAUAGGGAUGGGAUUGGGAACAACAGCCAGCUGCUUCCUGGUUGACAGGGGAACAGACCUCCAUUGAUUGUGGCGGCUGCUUCCUACUAACUGGAAAUUUAGGAGAUUUUCAUGGUCCCUACAUAGCCCCUAAACCUAGGGACUCUGUACAGAUCAGGAACACGUAGCUGUCACAAAAGUGUAAAUGCAGGUUACACAUUUGUAACUGCCCUAUAGGAGUCCAGCCAAAUGCUAUUUAUUGCCCUGUUCCUGAUGCAAAAGUGCAUGUUAACCAGUGAGUUAGCACCAAACUGAAAAGUUUGCUACAUUUUUGAGAAAAAAGAAAUAUACUGAUUUUACUAUGCAAGUUACUAAGGAUGGAAUAGCUAAGUACACACAUUUGAAAUAUGGAUGAAUUGAAAUCAAGGGAACUCCUUCUCACCUAACUUUUGAGGACUGUGGAGUUAAUUACUUCAAACAGGAGACUAUUCACAACUUCUUUAGCAUUUCAAACAGAGAACACAUUGACCUGACAGGAGCUGCAGCUAGUGAUUUUUUCCAGUGGUUCCUCAGGUUGUGUUUGAAAAUGUUCCUGCUUAUCUAAAACAAAUCCUCAUGCCUAUAUCAGCUUUACACAUGAGAAGUGUUUUUGAGGUGAGAACGGCUUUCAAAUAAAUUAUCCUUCACAGGCUUUUAGAGGUGGUACUGACCCAAGAGGAUGGGCCCUGGCAGUUCUUUUCUAAGAGUUUGUAUUCUGCUCUUAAGAUCAAACCACAUGUCAAAGAACACAAUACGUAAAAUUGUUGAAAGUGAAAAUCAUUGGACUUCCCAAGAUCUUGGGCUUAAAACAAAAUAUGAGAACAGGCAAUUCUCAAAAUAGCUGCACUAUUUAAUCUUUUGCUUUGUAGUAUAAUGGGUAUUUUUUUUUCCAAGAAGGACACUAAUUGUUAAAAUCCUUUAUGCAAAAAUAGAACACCUGUGCUUGUAUUUCCUAUCUUUGUGUUCCAGGUCUUGUAUUAUACUAUAAAGACAUUCUUCUAGCAUACUUACUGAUGUGCCUUGUUUUCAAUAUUUUACCUUGUUUGUACUAUAAUUAUUUAAACAUUUUUAGUUUCAGUCCAACACAUUAUUUUGUCAUUAAGAUCUACUGAAUCAAAGUUGGAAUGGGACACUGAAUGGGCUGCUUAAGUAUACUCGUAUCUAUUGAACUUACUUUUAGAAGUGAAUGUAUUGCAGCUGCAGAAUUACAACCUGAAUUGGAUCAUUACAUUUUUGUUUAUUGCCUUAUUAAUAUUUUGAAUAUUGAGUUAAUACAGAUUCUAUAGCUGCUA